UUCGAAUGGCGUCAUGUGUUGGAUCUGCUGUAACCAAUGGUGUCUCGCGGUGGCUGAAAGCAGGGCGGAGCUUACUUUUAGCAUAGUGCGCACUUUAUUCACACAUGAAAGUCACCAUCGCAUUCCUUCGACAAAGAGGACUUUUGAGAAGGGUAAAGUUUCACUUUAAACACUUUAACGGCAACGCGAGAAGUUUAUAAAACAUUAAGUAUAUUUGGGGCAUUUACGAAUGAGUUGUUUUGUGUGAGAAUGCUUAUGUUUUUGUGAGGAAACAUGUUUAAAAGAGCUCAGGUCAACAUGAACGAGGAGGAUGUUUUGUCAAGAUGCAUUGAGAUCAUCCAGGAUCAACUGUAUUUCGCCGUCCUUCAGCAAAAACUGAAAAGCACGACUGAGCGACAUUGUUUCUGCAUAGAUGAAGAGUUGGCAUAUGAAAACUUCUAUGCGGACUUUGGCCCUCUCAACCUGGCCAUGUUUUAUCGCUUCUGUUGCAAGCUGACAAAGAAACUCAAGUCCGUUACACUUUCAAGGAAGAAGAUUGUAUUUUAUACCUGUGGUGACCAGAAGAAACAAGCCAAUGCUGCCUACCUCAUAGGCUCAUAUGCAGUAAUGUACCUGAAUAUGGCACCAGAGGAGGCCUACAGUUUGCUGGUGUCAAGGAACUGCACAUAUAUUCCAUUCAGAGAUGCCUCGUUUGGAACCUGCAUGUACAAUCUGAGCAUCCUCGACUGCCUCCGUGCUGUGCACAAGGCGCUGCAGUACGGCUGGCUGGACUUCUCCAACUUUGAUGUGGAAGAAUACGAGCACUACGAGAGGGCGGAAAAUGGUGAUUUGAACUGGAUCAUUCCGGGGAAGUUCCUUGCAUUUAGUGGGCCUCAUCCCAAAAGCAAAAUAGAGAACGGCUACCCUCUGCACGCACCUGAGGCCUACAUCCCUUAUUUUAGUAAACACAACAUCACCAGUAUUGUCCGGCUCAACAAAAAGAUGUAUGAUGCCCGGCGCUUCACAGACUCGGGCUUUGAACAUCACGACCUUUUUUUUGUGGACGGGAGCACGCCCAAUGACACCAUUGUCAGAAAGUUCCUCAAUAUCUGUGAGAACGCAGAGGGAGCCAUCGCCGUCCACUGCAAAGCCGGUUUGGGGCGCACUGGCACUCUGAUUGGCUGCUACAUGAUGAAGCAUUACUGCAUGACGGCGGCGGAGGUGAUUGCUUGGAUACGGAUCUGUCGCCCGGGGUCGAUCAUCGGGCCUCAGCAGAACUUUGUUGAAGAGAAGCAGAACAGUCUGUGGGCCGAGGGAGACGUCUUCCGGGAGAAGAUGCUAAGCGAAAGGGAGAACGGUAAACUGGCCGUUACCAGAAUCCUCUCCGGAGUGGACGACAUAACCAUUAACGGCAGCAACAAGAACAGGGCAUCCAAGAAAGGAGACAUGGAACUGUACGACGACAACGAGGAGCGGAACGGCCUGACGCAGGGCGACAAACUGCGAGCCCUGAAGAGCAAGAGGCAAGCCAGAUCCUCAAGUUCAUUAUCGCAAGAAGAGAAUAAGGUUCACACCAGGUCGGCGUCUCUUAACAGGGUGGUGUUUCAGACCAGCGUACAGAGCUGUAAGACCAGCGUCAACUCAUUGGCUCCGUCCGACCAUUUGGACAGCAGGAAGAGGACCAGAACCUCGCUGCCAGUCAGUGGAGCAUGCAGCGCCGUGUAUCGCACCCCAUUGGUGGGCAGCUUUCAUGUAACGGCCGGCGGCCCCGUGCGUUGUGAGCCAUGUGGCGGCCAUAAAGACGCAACCAACACGUGCGCUCCCGUCAACUUAAACAUGGCGCACUUGCAGUCACUCCAUACCUAAAGCCAGAGCUCCUUUACUUCGGUGAGCCUGUGGAUGUGAAAAUCCUAAUUUGAAGGAGGUUGGAGCAUUUUGUAACCAGUGGGGUACAACUUCAGAAUUUUAUAUACAUAUACUGUGUCUGUGUAUAUAUAUACACACACACGCUUUUUUUUUUUUUUUUUUAAGUCCUGCUUGGCUGGGCAUUUCAAAUCUCCGUUGAAAGUAGUGCUCACUUAUUUUAUCACAUCAGUUUAUUUGAAGACUGUAAAUAUUAACAUUAGUCACUUUGAAAAGGUUUUAAUAUUUUGUACCGUUUGAAUCCUGUGAUCAUAAGAACCAUUCUAAUGGGACUUUCACUCAUGUACAUCAUAUACAUUCUAAUAUAAUCACUUUUGAAUUAAAUAUAUACACCCUGCUUUAGGGACGAGCACAUUUUGUGACUGCAAAUACUGAAGGACAAGUCAGAAGAAAAUGUGAAGAGUUCAUAACAGGGACACAUUUGCAAACUUCUUUAUUUCCCAGGUAGUCAAAGCUCAGUGCCAUAGCUGAAUGAGAACAAAAAUCCAGCAGGAUAAAACACCAAACCUUAAAGGGAUAGUACAGAUUUUUUUUUUUUUUUUUAAACAUGAAGUUGUAGGACAUCCCCAUCAGCAGUGUAGUGCAUCAGUGACUUACUCCCCACUUCGUCUCGUGAGCCCAGUUAAUAUUGGUUCUGAAAACAAUAUGCAUUCAAAAGAGUAAUACAUUUGCAUCACAAAUGCCUUAAAAAAAAAAAAAAAAAGACAGACCUCGCAAUUGCGCGUGGUUACUUUGUCUCCCCUCGUAUCACGGCACAUGCAUUGUUGUGCAUGUUUUCCAGUGUUUGUGCACAGAUGUGAUGCGUCGCAGUCUUCAGCUGCUGUGGAACACAAUGGACGUGCAGCGAUAGGACGGGAGAGAAAGUACCGCAGAGCAAUUGUGAGGUCUUUUUUUUUCGAGGAGUUUUGUGACGCAAAUGUAUUACUCUUUUGAACGCAUAUUGUUUUGGCACACCAAACUCUUAAGUGGCCCCACCAACUAACCAGAACUACGUUCCCCAUCACCGAAAUCCAACCAGAACUUGGCU